ACUACUAUUUUAGUCUAUUGCUAAAGAUUGAAUUCAAGAUUGUGGCAGACUUGUUUUUCAUAAAGUUUGCUUAGCAUAUCAAUUUUUCACACACUUUCCAAAGUAAGAAAGUUGGAGAUCUCUACAUAUUUUCAUAAAUCUUUAUUCGGAUGCAGAAUAUGUGUUGAAAGUGAAUUGUUUGCAUAAAUAUAAUAAAAAAUGGCUACCGUGUUCGAUAGCCCUUUCAUUCGACAACGUUUACAUCGGCUAAGGCGUCGUGAUUAUGAUUUCGACGAGGAUCAGAGAUUCGGCCGAUGUGAUUGCACGAGCUAUUCUUAUUUUGUGCUUUCAAUGGUGUUAUUUUCUGUGGGCACUGUGAUAACAGUACUAGCAUUGGGAGACGCCGAUGGUUAUAUUCUCAGCAAUUUGGGACACAUGUGGCUAGUAGGGCCAAUUUUUAUAUGUUCCGGGAUGAUGGUUGCAGUAAAGAGUAUGCUAUAUUUGAGGAGAAAAAGCGUCAUUCAAAUGCUACUACACCAGAGAGCGAUUAUAAGAGACAUGGCUGCAGUCCAAGCUGAACAAGCAUACAGUGGUCAAGUACCCCGCACUGCAUCCAGUGCAACAUUACCGCCUUCUUACGAUGCCUUAAUAGCAAGUGCUACUGUAAGUAAACCUCAAGCAUCAAGCUCUGAACCACCACCCCCAACCUAUGAUGAAGCUAUGUACCUCAUAGAUGAUGAAAAACUAAGGAUUGAGAACAAAAAUGAUGACAGUGCCAAACAAGAAACUAGCAAUCAAACAUCUAGCAGCAACUUAGACAAUAGUAAACCCUGAAACAUGCGAAUACUACUUAUGAAUACUUGUUUAUAACUUAGCUAUGUAAGAAAAACUUAAUUCUUCCUUUUGUACUUAUAUUUUUAGAUGAUAGUCACUUACUAUUAAUAUAGUAUUCUCGGACGUGCCUAAAAUAUUGAUUUGUUAGCAAUAUUGUUAUAUAUAUCUCAAUGUAAAGGGUAUCUGUAAUUUAAUAACUAGCUUAAGAUAAACUUAUGAACUUGUGAUGUGUUAACUGCCAUUUGCUAUGAGCUGAUCUUUUUGUCUAGCAGAAGAUGGUUUUAGAUCUGUUUGUAUGCAAAAGCAUUAAACCUUUUAUGUGGCAAAAUUAAAACAAAUAUCUAUGCUUCUAUGACAAGAAAGUGUAGAAAGGGAAUUUUAAAUUAAGUUUUGUGCAUGUGUUAUUUUUGUGGCAUAUAAGGUUUAUUGCUGAAUACAUAGUAUUAUUUCAUCAUAGCAUGGCAGUUGCCCAUUGAUGUGGUUAUUCUAGUGUGACAAGGCACGUAUUGUGCCAGUUCUUUCUGCUCUGUAAGGUGUGUCUAAUCCAAAAAUGCAAUUUAUUUUCCUUAAAAUGCUGAUUCUAUAAAGAUCAAGUAAGGAGCUUACACCAGUGUAAAGAGCUAGGGAGAAAGUUGUUCAUAUUUUAUUGGCUCCACUAUUUUUGCAUUUUGCAUGAAUAAUAUGAAGACUGAUGCAUUUAUGUUGGUAAUGUUUUCAGACUAUCAAAAUAAUUUUGAUCUGAUCUUUUAGAUAAAAAAGAAUGUUUUCUUUGUAUAAAUUACUGCCAAAGAUUGUGGGCAUUGCAUUGUACUUGACACUUUGUAUUAUCAAGUUUCAAGUAAUUUUGAAAUGCCCUUAAUGUUUCAGACUAGCAAUCGUUCAAGAAUAUGACCCAAAUACUAUGGGACAUGUUAAUGUAUUAACUGUAACUCACAUGAUGCUUGAAUAAAGUUGCUAGUUUGUAAAGUAAACAAAGCAUUUUGCAGUAUUUACUGAACACAAAUAUUUGACUUCCAUGUUGUCAACGGUGUACAAUUUUUAAUAAGGUCAUUUAUUUCGGUCAGGGCUAUUUAAAUCUGUGCUAAGAAGUACUUAAAAGACUUAACUGAAGUGAUCUUUUCAAGGUCUUGCAUGGCCUAUACAUUGUUCUCAGGUGAACAAGUCAUGUGCCUUUUUUAGCAAGUGCUCUUUGCAAUUGCCUUUGCGCUUUUGCCUUUUUUAUGAAGAUAGAAUAGAACAAAAUAAACAGUGUCAAUGAACUUAAAAGAUUAAAAAGAAAGACAAAAUAAUGUAAUCUACGACUCAAAUCUUUAAUAAGAUAAAAUACAUAUAGGUAUAGAAGAAUAGUAUACACAAUGACUUAACACUAAUAGAAUCCGAUGUUAUUUUUAUAAGAUUACUGAAAGGCAAUAUCAUUGCCUAUGAAACUGAUUGCAAUAUGUUUGAUAAUUGUGCACAAUGGUACACAUCUAGCCUACAUGACAUGAAAUCACUUGUUUUAUUGUAUUUAACACAUUGAAAUACAUGUACUGUGAAGGAGGUAUAUACAGUUGUAGUUUAUAAUAAGUUGUUAUUGAAAAUUGCUUCUUAUGUCAAUAAGACUAGUUUAGCAUAGCUUCAGGGAUUUUUCUUUUUGUUUUGAUGGUAAUGUAUUCUGUUAUCAGAAAGAAUAUUGUGGCUAAUGUACUUCUUGAAAUGCGGUGAGAUUAAACAAAUGAGAAUAUUAUCAGUUGAAAAGGUUGUUAAAGUUAAUUACAAGAAAUGUCAUUAAUCCAUAUAAAUAAUAAACUGAUAAUAUAAAAAAAAAUGUUGUUCACUUUGUGAUCUUAAACUAACUGAAAAUAUUUGUGUACUGAUCUCCCUAGAGCUAUUAAUUAUACACUUUUUCAAGUUA